AUGCAAAUUAUUAUAAUACUAAUCAAUUCGGUGUAUGUGAUGGACAACUCGUAUCCCGACGAGGAUAGUGGUCAUAUCGCAGAAAUUUCUCCAAGCAACACUUUUGUGCAUCCUGGUAUGGAGGUAAUCGGCCAUCCUACGCAGUUGACCACGUGUAGCGAUGAAUCACGAGAACAUGCACAACAUGAUAGUGAAAGUGUGGGAACGAGCAGCUCAAGAAAACGUAAAAGAAUGAGCAGACAAUCGAAUGAGGAUCGCUCGGACAGACUUGAAAGAUUGCAAAAUGUCAUUUUUAAAGUGAUAAAUAAGAGAGAAUAUUUUGCUCAAGAAUAUAAUCAAACUACAAAGGAUAACCAAAGAGACUUAGAGUUGUCCAGGUAUUUUGAUAAUAUAAAGGGAAUGUUGGUUAAGUUUGCAUAUUAUACA